GAAGCCGCAGCAGCAUGCAAUAAGAGAAGAAGACACAAGCAUAACACACGUCCCGUGGAGCUGUGUUUGCUCUAAUCUUGUUCAACACACCUGUAGAAGGGAAUAAUUGCGAGUCAUUUUGAAUCAUUUGCAUAACGUUACAGUCGUGGCACAAGCUCAAGUCUGUUGUUUUUCCGGUGCUAGCUAGCUCGCUAGCUGUGUACGUUAGCGGUGCAACCGCUGCUAGCUAGCUUCCGCCAAGACACACUGAGUAGUCAGCCACAUUAAAUUGUCCUGUGAGCAGAGUUUUGUCCUUCUGAAGCGGAUAAUCAGGAGACAACAGAAAAUAUGUCUGGCUCCCUUUGUGAGUCCGUUCCUUCUACAAAUGAACCUCCGAACAAGAAAGUGAUGAGGAAAGCAGUGGUGGUCUUGACCAGACUCCCUGAAUAUAAAGUCAGCGCUUUGCUACCGCCGACGCCGCAGCAGUUCUACAUUGAAUUUGACUCCCACAGCGGCUCUGAUUCAGAUAUGCAAUGGGAGCCAGAGGGUGGUUCAAGUGAUUCAGAUUUCUCAGUCUCACAGGAUAAACGGAAAACUGGAAAACCCACCAAGAGUGAGGCAAAACGAACUCCUGCACCAAAAACGAGUAAAAACAAGGACAAUGGUGACACCAGCAUUAAGAAGGUGACAGACCCAGCCCCUGUAAUAAUAUCCUCAGCUUUUUCAUAUGUCUCGAAUGAAACCACGAAGACCCGUCCUAGCAUGCCACAGGAAGAGGUCAAAGUGGACAUGGUGGUCCUAGCACGGCGGAAGCCCAUGAGAUGGCAACGGGGAAAAAUAGUGGAGAUAUUAACGAGGGAAUGCGGACGUUUGAAGUACAAGGUCAGUUUUGAAGAAAAGGGGAGGAGCCUUGUGUCUGGCCACCACAUUGCCUACAACAACACGCCAAAGCUGGAGCAGCUGUACGUCGGCGCUCGUGUGGCGGUCGCGUGUCACGAACAUGACAACGUUUUCCGGCCUGGUAUUUUGGCAGAGCUGCCCAGCAGAAAGAACCGUUUAAGGUUCUUGAUCUUUCAAGAUGAUCAUGUGCCAGUUUAUGUUGGUUUACCUGCUUUUCACCUGGUAUGCAAACCAUUGGAAAGUGUUUUAGACGACCUUCCGGACGGUGCUCACAAGUCUUUCAUGAAUAAGUACCUGACAGACUGGCCGUACCCACAUUUAACUCAGUACAGUGUUGGACAGAGCCUAAAUGCAGAGUUCGAUGGAGUCCAGCAGAAGUGCAUGGUGCAAGAAGUUGACAGCAGCUUGAUACUGGUCGUUUUUCAGGAUAAUCAACACGAAGAGUGGAUCCAUCGAGGCUCCAUACGACUUCAACACAUGGCAAGAUUUUUGGAAUUGAAAGAGGCAAAAGAGCGCAAAGAUGCUCCUGAGUAAAGCUGGGCUCAGACUCCAGGAGUUUUUGGAUGAAUUAUCGUCAAUUCACCCUCCUAACAAUCAGAAGAAGUCUAGUCUUGGACCUCAGUUGUUACCGAUGGUCAGCCCAGGUUAUCUGGUGACGUAACUUACAGAUCCAGUCUUAAACCUCCUGAACUGCUCACAGACUCAUCAGGGUCGCCUCAGUAAGUUAAAAAAUGUGUAAUAUUUGGGAUUUAAAAUCUGCAUGGUUACAUCACUACUUUUGAGCGGGACAACAAUAGCCUUUAAGAAUCAAGUCUCCAAGGAAACGAAAGCUAACGUAAGCUCUGGAGCAGCUGACGGCGUGCCAUGCAACAGAAAGCACAGCUGUUGAUAGUUUUCAAUGAAUGGAUGUUCAGUGUUACCUUUUUUUAGUUGUCUCUUUUUGUGUUUUGUCACUGCAAAGCAUUAUUUCAGCAAGUUGUUGCCUCACUUAAGUGUCCUUUUUUUGUUUUUUACAUCUGAUUCCUACUGAGAUCACAUGUCUGACCCUCAGGUACUAUAAUCUUUAUAAUAUCCUGUUGGGUCUUCUUUUUCUUUCAAAUCUAGUUUGUGAACAUUUGAGAUCGGAGAGAAUACAUCUGGUAAUUUUCUCCUUACGUGGUUGAUGCAAUAUGAUUGACAAAAUCCUGUAUGUAUGUAUAUGUAUUAAAAAAAACACAUUUUUUUAUAGACCCAUCAUCAGUCAUUAUCACCGUGGAGUGAUGUGCCUUGAGAAACGUUGAAAUGAACUGAUUUGGCACAAAAUAAAGCUUGCGAUGAGACAAAUUGUGGAUUGACUGCUGGUUUGAUAUACAUUUAUUUUAUUCUUCUGUACAGCACUCUGUCAAUAAAAUAUAUUUUACAUUAUA